CAAAAAUCAAAUAAAUAUUAUAGCAGUGUACAAUCGCCAACACUCUAAUACGACUAUUGUUUUAGUCCGGCUUAAAAUUGGUACGUCAAUGGCAUUAAGACAUUAAUCCGUUUUGUAAGCGCCAAUUUUGUUGAUAGUAUUCUCGAUUAAGCGCACUGGAUGUGAACAAAUCGAAAUGGGUAACGCCGACACUAAACUGGUGUUUAGAAAAGCUGUUGUACAGUUAACGUCUAAAACUCAAGUAAGUACCUACUGAAGAUUAGUUAAAUAUGCCAUGCUACUUGUUUCUUGUAAUAUGUAGACUAUAAGCGCCGAAGAUAAUGAUUUUUGGAAUCAAUUCUGGUCGGAGAAUGUGACUAAUGUGCAAGACGUUUUCACGUUGGUGCCAGCUGCUGAGAUACGGCUUCUUAGAGAAGACGUUCCAGCCAAUUUAGCCACUUUGUGUUAUAAAGCUGUUGAAAAAUUUGUUAAAGCUGUUGAAAAUAGCUGCCGCACUCAGUCAGAUCAAAACACUGGUGAAUAUUAAAUUUGUUUUAGAUAUUUACACUCUUUUAUUAUUAAAUAUUUUGUUUAUCGUUUUGUUUAAAUCAACUACUAUAGUUUUGAAUUGUUCUCGACUCUUGACCAGAGUGCUUCCAUAUAUAUUCGAGGAACCCGAUUGGGAGAAUAUAUUCUGGUCAAGUUUGCCUGCUGGUAAGGGUGAUCCACCCAUACCAUUGGCCCAUUCCUUAUGUAGUGCUAUAUGUGUAAGUAAUUCAUGAGAUGAUCCAUACAUUUUUUGAUAAUCAGUAAUAUCAAUCAAUUUUCUAUUCAGGAUUUAUUGUUUUGUCCUGAUUUUACCGUUGCAUCUAAUCGUAAAACCGGCCCUGUAAGUUAAUUUUAUUAUUAUUAUUAUUUAAUAUGACUAUAAUAAUAUUAUGAUAUUAUUUAAUACAAUUUAAGAAUGUCUUAUUAUUUCUAAUUUUAUUUUAUCACUUGCAUAAAUUUUCAAUAAUAGAAUAUGAAAAUAAAUGUGUAACAAUUGUUUUCUUAGGAUAAGGCAGAAGAUCUACAUGCUGUCGAUAGUUGUGAAUACAUUUGGGAAAAAGGAGUGGGCUUUGCCCAAUCUCCUAUAAAAAAUGCCACAUUUGAGUCAAACCGCACUGAACUUCUACGUUUAUUGUUGACAUGCUUCAGCCAAGCAAUAUAUUCACCAAAUCAAAGUAAAAUAUUCACAAUCAAUAUUUGUACCUAUAUAAGUAUUUUUAUUCUAAUCAAAGACCCAAUUUAAAAAUAAAACCUAAUUAUUCAGAUGGUAAUCGAUGGGUACAAUACGUAACUUCAUCUGAAAAUCGUCAUGCUCUACCUAUGCUUACGUCACUUUUAAAUACUGUAUGCGGUUAUGAUCCUAUUGGUAUGGGAGUUCCGUAUAAUCAUCUUAUAUUUGCUGACACUUCUGAACCGUUAGUUGAUGUGUGUCUACAAAUCCUUAUUGUGGCUUUAGAUUCUGAAGUGCAACAGGUACGAUCAUUGUAAUAUAUUUUAUGUUAUGUAAACAUUAACAAAAAAUUAUAUUUUCAUCUUAAUUGUAGAAUGAUGAAGCAGCUAUAGAUAAUUUGUUCAUAAAUUACUUAUCAAGAGUUCACCGAGACGAAGACUUUUCAUUUAUUUUGAGUGGUUUUACUAGACUAUUAAUGAACCCCUUAAGACAAACAUAUCUUCCACAUUCCACUAAAAAAGUACAAUUCCAUCAAGAACUGUUGAUAUUCUUUUGGAAAAUAUGUGAAUUUAAUAAAGUUAGUGAGAAUUAAUAACCAUUUUAUUUUUACUAUCUAAAUUAUUAAUUGAAUGUUAAUUGUUAAAUAUUAAUUGUUUGACAGAAAUUUUUAUACUUUGUAUUAAAAAGUAGUGAUGUACUUGAUGUUUUAGUACCCAUUUUGUAUCAUUUGAACGAUUCAAGAGCAGAUCAAUGUAAGUAAAACUAAAACAAAACUGUUAAAUUAUUUUUUAAUUUUUUAAUUUUAGCUAGAAUAGGUCUUAUGCACAUUGGUGUAUUCAUCUUAUUAUUACUAAGCGGUGAAAGGAAUUUUGGAGUACGUCUCAAUAAGCCGUACACGGCUACAAUACCUAUGGAUAUUCCAGUAUUUAGUGGCACGCAUGCAGAUCUUCUGAUUGUUGUUUUCCAUAAGAUCAUCACAUCAGGACAUAACAGAAUGCAGCCACUAUUUGAUUGCCUCCUUACGAUUCUAGUUAAUGGUUAGUAAUUAAUAACUACAAUUAUAUAUUUUUUAAAUUGUUUUUAAACUUAUACAGAGUAGCACUUGAAGAAAAUGGACUAAAGAUAAGUAGAACUAAAACAGAGUAUGAGUGGAGGAACAGGGAAAGAUAGUGAAUUACAAUAAGCAAUUAUAAGUGAGGUUUUUUGUACCAAAAAAAAAUGGCUUUCAUGGGGCUGUGAAACAUAGGAUUAAGUAGAUUUUUUUUAUUGUCAUUCCUAUUUCAUAUUUGAUCAAAACCCUAUUAAAUUUGAAAAUAUUUUGUUGUAAAUGUAUUUUGGGCAAAACAUAUAUUUCACUCGAAACCUAUUUGGUUCAAAAUAUUUUGGAUUCAUUUAAUUUUGACAUUAUUUUCGGAUUGUACAAUUUUGUACUUAAUGUUAAAUGUGUUAUUAUAUAUUUAUAUAUAUCUAUUCAAAUAUUUUUUUUUAUUAAAUUCUUUUCGUAAAUUUAUUUUCAGUUUUUUCGAGUAUUUUACAGCCCCUUUAAAAUAGAAUUUUCAGUCCCAAAAGUCUACAUCAUAUUUGCUUCAUAGGCUUAAUGUUAUUAAUUACAAUGCUAACUUAUAAUUUUUUAUAAAUUAAUGACAACUAUAUUAUAAGACAACUUUGAAUUUUUAUUUUAUUUUUUAAUGGAAAAUGAAAAAAUGUAUUUUUAAUAAAUCAAUCAUUUUUAUUUGAUUUUUAGUAUAAAAAAGUCACGUCCCUGUAUUAAUACAAUAACAAUAAAUAUUCUGUUUACUUACAGUGUCACCAUAUUUGAAGACUUUAUCAAUGGUAUCUAGUAUAAAACUAUUACAUUUAGUAGAAGCAUUUACAACUCCAUGGUUUUUGUUUUCAUCGCCGUCAGCUAAUCAUCUUGUGUUUUUCUUAUUAGAGAUAUUCAAUAACAUCAUACAAUAUCAAUUUGAUGGUUAGCACUAAUUACAUAACUCUAAUAUGCUUGUUUUUUUUUUUAUCUUUUAAAUUUUUUUUUUGUAUAUUUCAAGGUAAUUCAAAUUUAGUGUAUACAAUUAUUCGCAAAAGACAUGUGUUUCACAAUUUAGCCAAUUUACCGACGGAUUCUAAUACUAUUGUCAAAUCUUUAACAAAAAAAACUAAAAAAAAUAUAAUAACAACUACCCCUGUUCCGAUGACUACUGAAAUGCCUAGCAUGGAAGGAUCUACUCCAGCAUUACCUGCUGAGCCUGGUACGCUGAAUGCUACUCUUCCCGAUACCCCAGGUAAGAAAGCUGACAUUCAAUUUUAAACUAACACUUUAACAAUUAUUAUAAUGCUACCUAAUUAAUAUAAAAUCAUAUGUAUUUUUCUAUUGCUUUUACUAACUGGGUGUAAUGUCUGUAAUGUCAGGCGUAAUGAAAAUAACAGAACGCGAAAGCGCUCACCCUGGCAAUGUAACUUUACCCGCUGAACUGGUUACAUCUAACGGCAUGACAAAGGGAAUUGUGAAACAAUCUUCUAACCAAGAAGAUUGUUCUCAGACAACAUCAUCGCCAAAGGUUUUUAACUUUUUCAAAUAAUUUAACAUUGUUCAAGUGCUGAAUUUUAUACAGUAGUCUAUUUGUUGUUUGCAUGAAAUGUAUGUUAUUUUAUUAAUGUUGUAUGUUUUUUAUUAAACAAAAAAAUUAUAUCUUUGCAAGUAAAUGAGUUAUUGUAAUUUUUGACAUCAUAGAAUAGAAAAUAACUAGGGAUGGGUUGAUGUAUAAACCGUCACUUGAUUUUGGUCUUAUCAGUUUUUUUGGUUUAUUUUUAUUUUAGAUUCUGAGUGGAGCGAGGAAUGAAUUGGUUUUACAAUGAUGUUUAUUUUUUUUUUUCUGUGAAUAAAGUUCCUACUUGCAAUUUUUCUAGAGAUUAUUUUUUGUUUUUCCCAAUAAAUGGGAAAAACCGAGAAAAAUCAGGAAAAUAGGUACAAUAUAAUCAAACACUAUUAAAGAAAAUGUUUAAUGCAUAUGUAAUUAUUUUACCAUAAUAUGAUAUAAAAUAUAAAAAAUGAUAUAUAUUGUUGACAAAGCAACAUUAUCCACUGAACUCCGCUCAGAAUCUUUUUCCCGUUAACAAUGGUUUAUCGUUGCGUACAGUAUAUAUUAAAUUCCCAUCUAUAUCCUACCUUCUCAACUUCUCACCGACAACUGUUGCUGCACCGGUCUCCAUUAUCCUAGCUAUAUGUUAACUAAUAUUUUCAGAGAAAUAUGUCUAUAAUGUCCUUGGAAUAUGAAAAAAGCAUUUGAAAAAUAAAAUUUUAUCAGUUAAUUUAAAUAUUUAUUCAUGAUUUUUGAAUUUGAAUAUUGGUUAUAUCGGCCCAUCCCUAUAAAUUAACAAAAGGUUACAUAGUGAAAUAUUGAAGACUGCUUGUAAUGAAAUAACAUAAUAUUCAUAUUAUGAAAAAAUAAUCAAUUUCCUUUUGUAGGUAUAUUAUAUUGAAAUUUUAACCAGAAUUUAAUUCAGACACAUAAUUAUUGUAAUAAUUUCUUUAUGAUUAAAUUUAGUUUUUAAGAAUUCUUUCCCGUGAUCAAUCUGGAUAUAUAGUAUUAACUUUUUAGAAUUUGUGUUUUAGAACUUAAAAAACAAGUAGCUAUACUUUUUGCCACAAAUAUUUAGGAAUGAAAUCACUACCCAACAUUGAUUUUUAAAUGCAUACAAAUAUAUUUAAAAAUCUAAGUUGAAAUUUUAGUUAAAAUAUAUUUAAGUAUUUAAGUUUUUAAUUUUCGUUGAGCUGUUGUUAAGAUAUUCCAAUUUUAAGUAUUAUGUUUUGUAGGUAGGGAAGAGUAAUAAGAGUGGAGUACUCUUCAAAAACGCAUGCUAUCUGCCACAUAAAUUAUGUUCCACUACUCUCUAUCCAAAUUUAAAUGUUGAAUUUCUCAUCAAAAGUUUAACGGAAAUUAAAAAUUUCAACACAAAAUAUCUUUAAUUUAUUGAAUUUUUAAUAAAAGUUAAUCAAAAAUCAAAAGUAAAUAGUGGUUUUACUAUUAAAAAUAUGGGUGAAAAACAAUGGUAAUCUAACAUUAUAGUGUUACAUUUUAAUCAAUUGUUCAAAAUAAAAAAUUCUAAGAAUAAUUUAUACUUUCCAAGAUACUGUUGAGGAUUGGUCACUGUGUAAUUUUUAGUAUUUUUAUAUAUAUAUAUAUAUAUAUAUGUAUAACCUAAUAUUACAUAUUUAUUUAUAAAUUUUGGUAUGUAAUUGAGUACUGUGUACGUUUAUAGAAUGAUGCUGAAUGGGCUCCAACUGCAGAUUGGGUACGAUCUUGGAAAGACAAAUUGCCUUUGCAAACAAUUAUGAGAUUACUUCAAGUUCUAGUACCGCAAGUAGAAAAAAUAUGCAUAGACAAGUAUUACAAUUUUAUAUAGAUUAUACUCUAUGCUAAUGAUUAUGUUUAAAUUACAAGUAUGUAUUUUGUAGAGGUUUGACAGAUGAAAGUGAAAUACUUAAGUUUUUGCAACAUGGAACGUUGGUCGGACUAUUGCCAGUUCCUCAUCCAAUACUUAUUAGAAAGUAUCAGUCAAAUCCAGGAACUACUGCUUGGUUUCGUACUUAUAUGUGGGCUGUAAUUUUUCUCAGGUUAGUAAUAAUAAUAAUAAUAUUAGCAGGUUACAACAUUUUUAUUUUAUUUUUAGGAAUGUUGAUCCACCCAUUUGGUAUGCCACAGAAGUAAAACUUUUUGAAAUACAACGUAUGUAGGCGCCUUACUUCUAAUAUCUGUUGUUUAUUUAAAUGAAUACAAAAGCAACAUAUUUAAUUAAGAAAGUGAUUUAUGUAUCUUUAAUGUGUGAACUUUUAUACACUUUUACUUUCUUUUUUUCUUUUUGGUAUCUUCGAGUGUGAACAUCUUAAAGUGAUUUGUGUCCUUAAGGAAACUUUUUUUAAAUGAUGAAAUAUGUAAUUCCAUUUUGAAGGAAUGUUUUGUUUUCCCUAACAAAAUGUUAUCUACAUGAACUACCUAAAACAAAAAUGCUAAAAAAAAGACAAUAAUUGCACAUGUUCUGACCUCACUAAAUAUAAUAGUAUACAAAGUGUUAUCAAAAAGUACUGGGAUUGUUACCAAAUGUGUGCCAAUAAUGCGUCGAAUAGUAAUAAGAUUAAUAUUACUAGUUUUAGUAGAUUCUCUAUAACCUUUCUAUGUUUGUUUGUUUUUUUUUUUUUUUUUUAUUAAGGAUGUUUUUCUUAUAUUAACAACUUUGUAAUUAAUCCAAUUGAAGAGCUCUUUUUGUGGGGGGGGGGAGAUUAUUAAGGAUUUUUCUUUUGUUGUGGUGACAGAAUCUUGAAUAUCAGAGAAAUGCAACCUUACAUAAUUGACUCUUACAAAAAAAUACUGCAGAUACACCAAGUGGCAGUAAAGUUUAUUUUGAGUAUGUUGAGGGUCAAAAACAAAAGAAAAUUUAAUUCCAGUAAUUUUUUUAGAUGGUAAAUACCAAUAAAAACUUUUUAAUUAUAUUAUAAUAAUAAUGAUUACCUAUUUCAUUGCAUAGCCAUUAAUAUAGAAGAAAAUCCACUUCAACCUCCCCAAAAAGCUAGUCAAGUCACAUUUUUUUUGGAUUCAUUUCAAAAUCAUUAAUGUCUAAAAUUAUCAUUUCCAUGAAAAUUGAAGUUAUUAAAAAUUUAAAAAAUUAGACAUGCUCAGAAGAAGAAACAAAAGCUAGUGAUAUCAAACCUAUUGCUCUUUGGCAAUUUAAACAAACCCGGAACCUUUGGAUUAUACCCUGUUUAAUAGUUUAAACUAUACAUAUGUAAUGUCAUUAAUUUUUAAAUCCACAUUAUUAAAUAUCCAGCUUAAGACUGCAACAAUUAAAAAAAUGACUUUUUUCAGGAGAGUGAUUUAAAAAUUCAAUGAAUAAUCAAUCAACAAUAAAAUAUGAAAUAAAUUUGGUAUGAAUACAACCUAUGUUAUACACAUAAGUUGUAUUCAUACUUCAUUAUUUUAUGUUUCCAUUGUUACUAAUAGUAUAUAAAUACAUGAAUUAUAAUUGCAAUAAUAAUACUUGAUCCCCUCUAGAACUGAAUAUGUUAUUUUAAAUCGAAAUAUGACCUCUUGUGCUCAAUAAUUUAAAUAAUUUUGAUGGCAUUAUUGAAUUAAAAUAAGUUUAAAAAAAGAAAUAAUGGUGUAGUUUAUUUAUUUAAAAAAUUUUUUUUUGAGUUACAGUCUAACUGGAUAAUCGUUAUGAUAUAAUGUGUCAUUGUAUACAUAUUUUUAAAUAAUAUUCAUAAUUCUUUUUGUUUUUGUUUUGUUUUAUAACUAAUUUAUUAAUUUUAAAAACUAGCAGUUGCGAUGCCAAUCUAUUGAUAUUAUUAAUGUGGAUUUUUUACAGUAAUGCCUCUAUCAACAAAAUAUUUUUUUUUCAACAAUAAAUUAUUUUAAAUCUAACAAAUUUUAUUAGUUUAAUUAUCCUUUAUGCUUAAGAAGUAAAAAAUUAUACACAUAUCACUUUAAGAUGCAUUUUAUUUUUAUUCCAAGAGUAUAUUUAUAAUUUGUUAUUUUCAAAUAUUUGCGUAUAUAUAUAUAUAUUUAUGUAUACGGGAU